AUGCUAUCAAGAGCGACAAAGAUUUCACGUGAAUGUGCUACAGAUAAUAUUAUGAAGGAUACAUUACACAUUCCAGACAAACACGUUGUCCAAUGGCCAAAUACUGCUUUGAAUGAAAGUAGAACAAGAAAUAUUGAAGUGAACGCAUCUUCACAAAAAAAAAAAAUGUGUAAAGAACUGCAAGGAUCUUAUUCGAUUUGGUGUUUUCAUGAAAGACUCUUACUUGGACCAGAAAAUGGUGCAAUUCCAAGUGGUUAUGGAAAAGGAGCACCUCCUCCGAUGAAACCACCUACUAAUCCAUCAUCACCUUAUACGGAAACUCGGAUAACUGAUUCUAAUAGUCAUGUAGUUGCUGCUGGAUUCCCUGAUCCGUCAUCAUAUGGUGGAAAAAUAGCUAUAAAUACUAACUCAAAUUAUUAUCCACCACCACCACCAGGGCAGCAACAAAACUUGCCACCAACUUACCAACAAUUGGCUUACCAGCAAUCAUCACAUCAAAUUCCUCAACCUAACUAUAACUUUACGACACCUGGAUAUACUACUGCAUUUGAUCAGAUUAAACUUAAUCCUUCAACAAUCAAUUAUCCAAAUCUUUUUAUACCAGUCAGUAAACUAUUACAAUAG